UAGUGGACUGAAGCAGGGAAGUAGUGGCUGCGGUUUGACUGACACACUCUGACAAAAUAUAGCUUAUCAUCAUCGCUGAUGUGAUAAAGUUCCUGUGAGAGCAGAGAGAGUCACUCUUGAACAGAAUGGAGGCUCCGUCCGUGUCUCUGAUCUUCGGUCUGUUUGUGUUGCCUCUGUUUGGGCCGACACAUUCUUCAAUCUCUCUCAACAUCAGCCCAAACCGUCAGCAGUUUUUUAAAGGAGAGUCUGUCGUCCUGAGCUGUCACGGGGAGUUUAGCUCCGGGUGGAAGCUGAGGAGGAUUUCAGUGGUUCAGAACCAGACGUGUGGAGCUGAAGGCUUUGGGGCUUUCAAUGGUUCCUCGUGCAACGUCUCAAAUCUCUCUCCAUCAUGGGACAGAGGAGUUUACUGGUGUGAAGACUCGAACGGACGAAGCAGCACCGCAGUCACCAUCACUGUUUCAGAACGUUCCUUUAUCAUGGAGAUCCCUGCACUUCCUGUGCUGACAGGAAGCGAUGUCACUCUGCGCUGCAGGAGACGUGAUGGUUCCGCCGUCCCAGCUCACUUCUUCAAGUUUGGCAGACAUAGUGCUCCAAUUAAAGCUGAGCCUACACCCGAGUUCACCAUCCACAACGUCCAACAGUCAGACGAAGGUUUCUACUGGUGUUCUACUGGUCAGAGGACAUCAGCAUCCAGCAGGCUGAGCGUCAGGGCUGAUCCUUCUCCACCCACCAACUCUGCCUCCUCCAUCUCUGCUUUUCUUCUGGUCAAACUGCUCUGCCAUCUGCUGGUCAUCAGUCCAUACUGCAUCUCCACCGUCCUGAUGGUGUUGGCGUACUGCAGCAGGAAGACAGGUAGCAGGAAGACAGGUAACAAACCAGCUGUUGUCAUGGAGAUGGCUCCGCGCCUGGAAAGAGGGCAGGGAUUGGAUGACGAGUAUUCUGUCGCCGCCACUGAUGUCACUGCUGAGUACACCUUCUGAGCUGAGGACGGGUGUUACCUGAGAGUCAAGAGAUAACACUGAGACAACAGUGGUGGUGCCGCCAUGUAAACUGUUUGCU